CGCUGGUUGCGAAUGUGAACGCUGGUAGAACUUGCUCCCGAGAGAGAGGUGUUUGCCGGCAUUUACACUAAGUUUACACGAACGCAAAACGUACCUUAGGUUGUCCAGCGACUUAAUCCUCGAUUGUCAUGCGGUAAAUGUAAGACAAGUGCUCGAUACAGAACUAUUUACGAACCUUUAUUAACUAUACUAUCUUAAUGACUUGAUUUUUAUUGACCGUUAUUGUAUUAAUAAACUACAUCGAGGGAGAUAUAAGAAGUUUUUGAGGAUUUGCAUUUGGAUACAAUGAAAAUAUCGAAGAUGAGGUGGCGGGCGGGGGCGACGCUCCUGGUGGCACUAGCAGUGACAGCGAACUCUGGCUGCACAUCAGCCUCUGACCCGGAUCCGCUGACACUUGCAGGGGACGUUAUCAUAGGUGUUGUUGGAAGUGUGCACGAGAAGUCCGAGGAGAGCGGCGACGGAGGCGGCGGCUGCGGCCGCGUAGCUUUGAGAGCUGUGGAAGAACUAGGCGCUGCCGAAUGGGCCCUUCAGACCAUCAAUAACCAAUCGCACCAGGACUAUACUAUUGGUCUUCGUGUGUAUGAUGCCUGUGGCGACGAAGAAAUGGCCUUGAGACAGACGAUUCGGCUUCUGCAGGAAACCCAGUCUCCCAGUGCACCGCUGCUAGGCGUGGUUGGGCUAGGACCAGGUAAGGUAGUCUCCAGUGUCGCCACUCCCCUUCACGCUUUCAGCACGCCCAUCCUGGUGACGGAGGCCCGGGCAGCCCACACCAUUCCUCCAGCAGACAACGUCUUCACAACAGCUCCCCAUCUUACUGACCAAAUACAGGCUGCGCUGUCAGCAGCCGUCCGCAUCGGCGGGGCGGGAGUGGCUGUGAACGUCGUAUCCAGCUGCCGUCAGGCAACUCAGGUUCUGGAAGAAAGGGCAGCCAGAGGGGGAAUGAGGAUUCUUCAUAUCCUGCAGCUUGAUAAGGACUCUGGUAACGACAAUAGCAAAAUUAACAACAAUCUGUCAAACCAAGUGACUCAUUUCAUCACGAACCAAGUGGGUUACAGUGGCGUCAUAGUGAUGCUUGUGAAUGUAAGUGAGCUGAACGUCCUGAGUGCUGAGCUUGACAGUCGAGUGCUCAGGAGAACCAAGAUCAGAUGGGUUCUGUCUACCCUUGGAAAUCCAGUCGACUCUGAAGAUCUCGAUGUUGAGAGGAUGAGCAAAAAAUUUCCGGGAUCACUGGUAGUGGAAGCCCAUUCCCCAGUCAUCCCUGGGUUCCAGAAAUACUUCCAGCAAGCUCUCUUUAGCAAUAAUUCACUAUUGACUCCUCUGGCUCACUCAUAUAGACAGUCAGUGUUACACUGUCAUUCUGAGGAGGCUAAUGCAUUGGGAUCCACUCGGCCGUGCCCGGAGGUGACAGGAAGUCCAUCGUCAGCGACUCCCUUGUCAGCGAAGGACGAUGCCUCCGCUACAGCCACUGUGAAAGCUGUGUCCUCCUUAGCGGCUGCCUUCAGGCUCGUCCAGAUUGAAAGGUGUUCAACAGGUGUUCAUUGCUUAGAAGCACUGAGGCAUGACCUUCAUAAAGACAUCUUGGAAGCUUUGCUGAAAUUAUCAUUCACUGUUGGGGGAGGAUCAGAUCGUAUUCGCUACACAGCUGAUGGCAGGCUGGUGAAUACUUUUACAAUCAGAAGAACUACUGCAGAAGGUCUGACACAGGUGGGUGUUUACAGAGAAGACACAGGUGUGGUGUGGAAUAAUCCCGGAGAGGUGUGGGCAGUGGAAAGGAGCCGAUGGCGCGAAGGGAGAACACUGCCUCUCAUGGCGAUGCAAGAGACGCUCAACAACGAUUAUUACCAGGUGGAAGCUGUGCUAUUAACCCAUGAGGAUUAUGUUGGUCGCACCUGGGCAUUUACAGUCCUUGUCGUUGCUUCUCUGGGUGUCAUCUCUGCUCUUUAUGUGUGCAUCUAUGUGGCACUUCGCGUCUGUGACGGUACACUGAAUGGCCCUCAGGUACUGGGAGCUGUUCUUCUAAUGGGUGUAAUGGGAGUGUAUUCAUCAUGUGUGGUUUAUGUGUUGCCCCCUUCACCAAUUACGUGCGCAUUACGGCAGUGGGCACCACCUUUAUGCUUGGCCCUCUGCUACGGUGUCAUUCUGGUGAAAUGCAUGCACCUGAGGGCGCUUGUUUCUUUGGGCCUUGGAGGAGAGGUUUCACAGAUGAACCUGCAUAUUUCCCUGAUCUUUAUGGUGGGAGUCGAAGGUGUUCUCUGCAUGCUAGGUCAUGCUGGAGGUCUGGGUGUAGGAGAAGAGCCCCUGGUUAUUUUAGCUUCAGAUGGAAGUCGGCUUUGCGGUCAGAAGAGGGUGGCAAUACUUGCUACUCGAAUCUACUUGAUAUUACUUCUCGUCUUCUGCUUGAUCCUUUCUACACUCAACAGGAAGAUACACAGGAACCAUAACGAGGGUCGUUGGUUGCUUCUGUGCUCUUGUGUAUCGUGCCCAAUAGUUGGAUUGUGGUCAGUGAUGAGCUACUUGGCUCCUCUGUCGCUUGAUCCACCGACCACUUGUGUUGCUCUCCUGGCUCUGGCUUCUGCAAUCUUGGCCUUGGUGUUCAUUCCCAAAAUGAAAAUAAUCGCCAGGCAAGCAAAGGAAUUCAGGCACAAACAUCUUGCUGGGACAGCAUCUGUUUCCACCAUCUUCUCCCACAUGGAAGGUUCUGGACCUUUGGGCGUUGCUUCUUUGAAAGACGGUCUGAAACCUGUGCUGACAGAGGAAAAUGCCCUUGCCCUUUCCCAUCAAGAUGAUACCCUGGAUUCUUCAAGAUCAUCAGUAGCUUCUCAACAAAGCUAUAGGGCUGCUUUCCAUGCUGCCUAUGGCUUCCCCCAACCUCAAGAACCCCUGGGAACAUCACCACACCACAUCAUGAAAAAUCCUAUUUACGACUCCACACCAGGAGCUUACCCUUGAGCUAUUUCAAGCUUGCAAUAACAAGUACAAGCAUUGUGAGUCAAUCGGAAGAUUGUCGCGGGAUUAACAUCCGAACCAUAUCAAGCCUUUCCGUGCACACAGGAACAUUAAGGAAUAUUUUGGAUAAUAGAAAUCAUUUUGGAGAGAUUUUGUAGAAGCCUUUUCGAGACAUUUGAAUGUCAGUUGAAUAUAGACCUUGCCCUAAUGUUUCCAAAACUAGUCAUUGUAGCUGCGUUUCUUUUGUGCAUUCCAGGCAUACAAUAUGCUUUAGCCUUUUCGUAUCUUGUAGUAUAUGAAACAAAAAGGAAAUAGGCUAUGACUCUGAGUACAAUGUAUCGUUUAGCUGAAAUGUUACUCACUCGGCCAAGUAAGUAUAACAAAGCGCACAAAACCAUUGUAAGAUACUUAUCAAAUGACACCUGGAAUUCUAUUUUUCUAGGUCUAUAUAUCAUAAGUACUUUAGUCCUUUAGUGUACUGUGGCUUAACAGAUUACUUGUAAGAUAUAUAUUUCAGUGCAUUCAGUGGUAGAGAACCUUGAUAUGAUGUUGAAAAAUGACGAAUAAGAAGUCAAGUGUAAGAUAUUUAGAUAAUAUGAGGAGUCAGUGACAUCUUCACUUCUCGUCGUCAUCCCAAACCUGAUCGUUUAGUUUUCUUUCCAUUGAAUUUUCGUGUUACAAGCAUGUACAAAUAUAUCGCGUUUCCCUUUGUCUUCCUAAAGCUGUUAUCAAUCUUUCUUGAAUCAUUUACGGGAAGUGGAAAUGUUACAUGAGGUAGAACGGCAAGUACUUCCAUACUCUGCCUUCAGCAAUGCACAAGUUUACAUACAACAGUCGUUUAAAUAUCAUAUAAUGACAGGUCUUCAGAAGAUAGUUAUGAUUUAAGUGUCAUGUAUUACCAAGUCUCCAGACCUGGUAUUACAUUGUACUGAAAUAGUACACUAACCUGAACAAGAGACUACGUAUUGUGGGUCCUUAGUUGAAGAUAGAAUGAAAGUAAAAUUAAUGAAGACACAAUGUAUGAGUCCCCAUGUCAGUUCUGUAGACUGUUUACUAGAUAUAUACCCAAUUCAGUGUGCAUUUAUUAUUCUUUUGAUUCCAUUUCGUUCAUUUCGCUUAAAAUUAACAUCAUAUUUCAUUUGAUAAGACUCAUGAUGGGCAGAAAAGCCUCGGUAACUGUGAAGAAUUGUACUAUUCAGUCUACUCUAUUUAAAGUAAGGCUCUGUACACAGGUGCUCAUCAUUUUUUUUAUUUAGGAAGUCUCAUUUAGUAAUGUGCGUUACUGAUUGGUCAUUGGUUGGUUUAAACUUGCCCAUGUUAAUGGAAAUAAAGGUUUGGUGUGAACUUCAGGACGGCUCUACCAGCCAACCCGUUGCGCGCUGUGAAGAAUGUGUGAGCGUGCUUAAUAAGCGUGAUACUUUUAGUGUCGUAUUUACUAAUUGUUUAUGGUAAUCACGUUUCCGGUAUUAACUAUAUCCCUCUUUCAUCACUGUUAUCAUCAGAGAAGACCCUGUAAGAUUAAUGCAUCCGAAACCUAUUAUUAUUAUUAUUAUUAUUAUUAUUGCCUUGUCUUGUAGUCUAGAGUUUUAAGUAUAUGUAGGCUAAGUUAUAGUUUUGUUACCAAUAUUUCUUUAGCAGUAUUCUUGAAGAAUUAGUCAUCAAAAUUUUGUGGUUGCGAAUAAGUGAAUGAGGAAUGUACAAAACGUUCCGAAGGGACUCGUUCAAUUUCUGUUAUAUGAUUUUCCAAAAAAAAAAAAAAAAAAAAAAAAAUUAUAUUAUUCCAUUUUUUCCUUGUUUUCAGCAUUCCACUGUAUUUUUUAUCAUAUUCAAGGCGACUGUUGCUACAGACAUACCUGUCUUCAUAUAUUGCUAACAAUAGUAAAUAUAUCUCUUAUUUAUU